UCUCGCCCGUGAUUGGUCGAAUCACGUUUCAGGCAUUUCAGGUAUCACGUUUACAUUUCUUAUUGUGGUUGUCCUGAAAGAGGACGAAACGAAGCAGGGAAAGUGUUAAUGAAGUGUUUGUUGACAAUACUACAAUUUUUCCCAUUGCGAAGAUUUUCCAAUAAAUUUUAUCAAAAUGGUGUCUGGAGGAAUGACGUGUAUUAAAUAUUUGCUUUUUGUGUUCAACCUCUUGUUUUUCAUCUCAGGUGUUGUGAUUUUGGCAAUUGGGGCUGUUAUUUACGUGGUGUAUGGACACUAUUAUAAUUUCGUUUAUGACAGUUUCCAGUCUGCCCCCCUGGUGUUGAUGGUUGUGGGGGUUAUUAUUUUCCUUGUUUCGUUCUUUGGGUGUUGUGGGGCUUGCAAGGAGAAUCACUGUAUGAUCAUCACGUUCUCCGUAUUGUUGCUUGUGAUAUUUACUAUGGAGAUAGGCACAGGCAUUGCUGGGUAUAUUAGAAGGAAUGAAGUUGAGGUCAUGUUGGAAAACAAACUCAACUCAACAAUGUAUGAAUAUUACAGCAAUGAGAAAAUUAAAGAAACUUGGGACAUUGUUCAACAUGAGGCAAAAUGCUGCGGAAUGAACGGUUACAAAGAUUGGGAUAAGGUGAACCACAAUGGUAGUCUCCCUCACACCUGUUGCCCAGAUACUCCCGACGAUGGUUCCUGUACUCAAAAGUCGACCAACAUUUACCAAGACUCUUGUUUCGUAAUACUCAAAGAAGUUUUUACCAAGUAUGGUUCGAUCAUUGGUGGUGUAGGGAUUGGAAUCGCCGUUUGUCAGCUCAUGGGCGUGAUUUUCGCUUGUUGCUUGGCGCGUUCGAUCCGCCAGGGAUAUGCAACCGUGUAAACGUGGUAAUCUGACUUAAAAAUUUAUGUUUUUAUUUAUCGUAUUGUUGUAUUUUUGAGAUUUCUUUAUUACUCAAGUUUUUAAAUAAUGGGUCUGAUUAUUCUCGAAAUGGUACAAUCUUAAAUCACUUUCACUUCUGACUGAUUUAUCGCACUUUUCUCAACUUUGCUGAAAGAUACUAUUUUUUCUAUAGCGUUUCUUAUAGGAUAAGUUUUUAAAAUGGCAUCUAUAAUCGAGUAUUGUUUGAACAAAUUAUAUUGUAUAUUAAGAAGAAAAAUUACAAAAUGUAUUUUUCUGAGCCAAAUUGAGUACGAGGGGAGUCAAUAAAAAUCUACUUUCUAUCGAUUUUUGAUAAGAAAAAGUAUUUAUUUGUAUGUCUUAUGCUAUUUAUAUGUAAGAUAUUGAACUGAAUUUUUACAAUAGAGGCUAUUAGAAGAGACACUUAAGUUAGCGAAAUGUGUAUUUAUCUCUGGUUGUUGUAAAGGUUUGGUUAUCCUUUCUAUUAUGUGACUGUGUAUACAGUAUGUUCGUCUAGAAUCUAUAAACCACAGUUGAGCUCUAUGUCUAGUUGUACACUCAGUGAUAAAUACCUAUUUAUUAUUGAUGUUAUAUUAUUAUAAUUGUAAUAAAGUUAAUGAAAAUUUA